GCGUAGAGUUAAACACUCGAUCCCUCCUCAGAGCUUCCUUCGCCAGAUUGUUUCGGACAGAGGAACUAGCAGCGAUAUCACUGUUCGUACCUACCUAUCAGGACCCGCUUCGAGUCCCAGCUUAUCGAUAUGGAGAAGGAAGAAGGAAAUGAGCAAAGAAGGUUUAAUCGCUGCCAAGGAGCUCAAGCGUCUCCAAACCAAACUCGUCCGUCUCGAUCGAUUUAUCUCUUCCCACGUCUCUCGCCUCCUCAGGUCCGAUCUCGUCUCCGUUCUUGCCGAGUUUCAGAGGCAAGACCAAGUUUUCCUCUGUAUGAAGCUCUAUGAUGUUGUGAGGAGAGAGAUAUGGUACAGACCAGACAUGUUUUUUUACAGAGACAUGCUCAUGAUGCUUGCAAGAAACAGGAGAGUGGAUGAGACCAAACAAGUGUGGGGAGAUUUAAAGAGAGAAGGAGUUUUGUUUGACCAGCACACGUUUGGAGACCUUGUUAGAGCGUUCCUGGAUAACGAGCUUCCUGUGGUGGCGAUGAGAUUGUAUGGGGAGAUGAGAGAUUCUCCUGACCCGCCUCUGUCUCUGCCUUUUCGAGUUAUUCUGAAAGGACUCGUUCCUUACCCUGAGUUGAGAGAGAGAGUGAAAGAUGAUUUCUUGGAGCUUUUCCCUGGGAUGGUUGUGUAUGAUCCUCCCGAGGAUCUGUGCCUAGAAAGCGAUGAUGAAGCUAGAACUGAUAGUGAUCUUGAAUAAAUAGGUUUUGAGAUAGCGCUUUAUCUCGUUUGAUUCGUUGCUUGGUUUAUUUACUGAUAGAAAGGAAGUGAUGGAAGUUUCUUUACCCUUUCAGUAACUUGUUCUCUUAUACCAGUGUUUGUUUUGUAUGCAUUGCAUAAAUUGCCCUUACGUGAUUGCUUC